ACACCUAGACAAAUAAGGAAGCAGGACGGAGGGAAAAAACGCGCAAUAAAACAUGGUAACAAUGUCUACAGAAGUGGAUAAGACACAAGCGACGAUAGCCAAUGCCAUGGCCCAAAAAGUUGAAAAUACCACCACAUCGCUUAAUGGAGGAGCUGCGGCAGAAGAGGUCACGAUGUCUUGUACUGGGGUUGGUGGUGCUGCUAGUGUAGGACUAAAUAAUGGUAGCCUGAAUAUUAAAGAGAAAAUGGAUGUUGAAAAACCAAUUACAGAGGAUAAAAAGAGCUCCCACCUUAGUAGUAUUGACAACAAAGAAAAUGAAGUGGACGGCAAGGUUACUCCUGGCCAUGCAGUUAAGGAUAGUGAAAACCCCCCGGCUAAUGCACUUCCUGCCACCAAAACAACAACUGAAGACAAAGAAACAGUAACAACAGUACAAAUAACAGCAACAACAACAACUACAACAGAAACUACCACCCCCACCAACACCGCCAACAAAACUAGUGAAAGUACCACUAAAUCUACAACACCCACCAUUACGGCUUCCACACCCAGUAAAUUGAACAACACCACCACCACCACCACAACAAACUGUUCCUCAACUUCAAAACCCCCCUCCACCACCACCACCACGUGUAAUACUCCCUCCUCAACAACGGCCCAACAACAGACCCUAUUACCCUCAUCGAUACAAAUCAAUAAGGUAAAUACCAAUGCCGCUACAUCAUCGGCCAGCACAGCUGGAGCUUCGUCGGGAGCGAAUUCGUCUGGAUCAUCCCACCAUCAAAGAAAUCAACAACAAUCACAUCAUCAAGGUACCGGAGGACAAGGACAACAACCACCGCCACCAUCCUCGUCCUCAUCGCAGCAUUGCCAGCUUCCCAGUCACAGUGGAAAUGUUAAUCACAGUAAAAAUAAAAAUGAAGAUGCUCCCAAUAUUUUGGUGUAUAAAAAGAUGGAGGCAAUUGUUGAGAAAAUGCAGGCGGAAAGCACCGGGGUCUCGGUACGCACUGUUAAAGGUUUUAUGACCAAAGUUCCUUCGGUCUUUACGGGCGCCGAUCUAAUAUCGUGGAUAUUGAAAAAUCUCGAUGUUGAAGAUGUCACCGAAGCAUUGCAUUUUGCCCAUUUGUUGGCCUCUCACGGUUAUAUUUUCCCCAUUGAUGAUCAUCAGUUGACGGUGAAAAAUGAUGGAACAUUUUAUCGAUUCCAAACACCAUAUUUUUGGCCAUCAAACUGUUGGGAACCCGAAAACACAGAUUAUGCCGUCUAUUUAUGCAAACGGACGAUGCAAAAUAAAACCCGCCUAGAAUUGGCCGAUUAUGAGGCAGAAAACCUAGCGAAGCUGCAGAAAAUGUUUUCACGCAAAUGGGAAUUUAUAUUUAUGCAGGCCGAAUCACAAAGUAAGGUGGCCAAGAAGCGUGAUAAACUCGAACGUAAAGUUCUCGAUUCACAGGAACGAGCCUUUUGGGAUGUACAUCGUCCGAUGCCAGGUUGUGUCAAUACCACUGAGAUUGAUAUUAAAAAAGCAUAUCGUAGAGGUGCCUCUAGUCAUGGUACCGGUUCUGGGGGUGCCUCAGUUGCCAAAAAUCCUAUAGAAUUAUUAACGCGUAUUAUAACGUUGAGAAAGCAAAAGCUGGAACGUCGCACAAUAAAAGUUUCGAAGGCGGCAGAAGCGUUGGUAUCCUAUUAUGAGCAAUAUAAUGAAUUUGAUUACUUUAUAACCUCACCGGAUUUGCCAAAUCCCUGGCAAACGGAUAGCACAGAGAUGUGGGAUGCCGAGAAAAAUAGCAAAGAGGUAUCCAUGAGACGUUGCAAACGCUGGGCAUUUAGUAUGCGUGAACUAUUGAAGGAUCCUAUGGGCCGUGAACAAUUUGCCAAAUUUCUGGAAAAGGAAUAUAGUUAUGAGAAUUUAUUGUUCUGGGAAUCAGUGCAAGAAAUGAAGGCACUACCUCAAAGUGAAAUUAAGGAGACGAUACAGCGCAUCUGGCAAGAAUUCCUCGCGCCCGAUGCACCAAAAGCUGUUAAUGUCGAUUCGAAAUCAGUGGAAUUGGCACGCGAAGCUGUCAAUUCACCGAAUGGACCAAAUCGUUGGUGUUUUGAUGUUGCUGCCGCCCAUGUUUAUCAUCUGAUGGAACGUGAUUCAUAUCCACGCUACUUACGUUCCGAUAUGUAUAAGGAUUAUAUUAAUUGUUCACGCAAGAAGAUCAAGUCGAUACCAAAUCUAUUUGGGGUGAAACGCUGAAGCGUGGUUCCUGCGGUUGCUUUGUCCUCGGCAACCGCAGCAACCACCUCGUCCCACCACCAUCAUCAUCAGCAAGCACAUCCUACAACAUCAUCAUCGUCGGC